UGGGAUUUUUCCUUGGAUUAAAAAAGGAUUUCAUUCCCAAUGGGAUUUUUUCUUGGAUUAAAAAAGGAUUUCAUUCCCAGUGGGAUUUUCCUUGGAAAAUAAAAAUAGGAUUUAAUUCCAACAGGAUUUUUUUCUUGGAGGAAAAAAAAAAAAAAAAAAGGAUUUCAUUCCCAGCUGGAUUUUUGCUUGGAAUAAAAAAAAGGAUUUCAUUCCCAGCUGGAUUUUUGCUUGGAAUAAAAAGGGAUUUCAUUCCCAGCUGGAUUUUUGCUUGGAAGAUUUGCCCUCAGGCUGGGCAGGGAGCUGAGUAAAGCUUGGAGCUGCCAGGUGAGUCAGGAGUCACAAGAGCUGGGACAAAUCCAGGAGCAAAAACCCCAGGAAGUGACAGCUCCAUCCUGCUGCCCCGCCAGCCCCGCAGUCAUUCCUUAUUCCACACAAAUCCUGGAGAUUUUAAGGAAUUCUCCUUUUGGGAACAGCCUCUGCUGUGUUCUCCUUUAGCUUCAAGUUUGGUUUUUUGGAACUUGGAAAAGAAAAAAAAUCCCUGAGGGGAAAAAAUCCUCCCUGAAAAUUCCAUGGAUCCAAAUCCAGUGUCUCCCGCUGGAUUGGAGAGCGUUUCCCUGGGAGAGUAGGCCGGGAAGAGCGAGCUGAUGAACGAGGACAUCCGGAUCCAUUCCUGGCCUUGCUCCUACUACCUGGACACCAGCAAGCAAUGGAUCCCUGGGAAGCUCUCCCUGACUCCCACCUCCAUCAAAUUCACGGCUGACAAGACGGGAGAGCUCCUGGUGGAUUUCCAUCUCUCCGGGAUCAGCGAGAUCAAGAAGGAAUCUUCCCAUUUAAUCUUCAGCUCGCUCACCAUCCUGGAGAAGAGCACCAAGCACUGGUUCAGCUCCCUGCAUCCCAACAGGAAUGUGGUGUUCAACAUCCUGGAGCAUUUCUGGAGGGAGCAGCUGGUGUCCAGCCAGGAGGCCGGAGCGGGAGCGGCCUUGGAAUCCAGCAAGGGCAAGGAAUUAACGGGAAUGUUGGAGGGAUCCCAGAAACGCCUGGAGGACACGGCCAAGGUGCUGCAUUCCCAGGGGGAACAGUUCGACAACAUCAUGAGGGGACUCCACAAGAUCGAGGGGGACAUGGAUGUGGCCGACAGGCUAUUGACAGAGCUGGAAUCUCCUUCCUGGUGGCCCUUCAGCACCAAACUGUGGAAAACCCCUCUGGAAGCGAAGCCCAAGGAAACCCCCGCGGCUCCCGAUGCCAAAAGCCAGGAAGGAAUCCUGCUGCGGAUCCCCGUGAUCAUCACCCACAGGACAGAUUCCAACGCCAAACCCGGAAAACUCACGGUGCUUCCCUCGGGCCUGGAGAUCAAGGAUUGCAAUUCCCAGCUCCUGCACCGCUUCGAGUCGCGGGAUGUGGAUGAUAUCCGGGUGCACACUCCCUACGAGAUCAGCAUCCGGCAGCGGUUCAUCGGCAAGCCCGACACUUCCUACCGGCUCCUGGCGGCGCGGAUGCCCGAGGUGAUUCCCAUCCUGGAGAUGCAGUUCAGCAGGAAAAUCCAGUUUUUGGAGGAUGCUCUUGGAUUUGCUGGAGCCACGAAGUCUCCUCAGGCGGAUUUGGGGACGUCCAUUUGGCAGGCAGCCACGGGAUUCCUGGGAGCCGCGGUGAAUCCCGGAACUCCGGCGGGAAGCGCCGAAGGGACGGACAAGGAGCAGGUGCAGCUGCAGAAGAUAUCCCAGGAGGAAGCCAAGGAGCUGCGACAGAUCCUGAAGAAGCUCAAGGGCCUGGCCCUGGAGACGGAAGCGGAGCUGGAGCGGCAGGACGAGGCCCUGGAUUCCAUCGGCAGCUCCGUGGAUCGCGCCACGCUCACCAUCGAUCAGCAGAACCGCAGGAUGCGGAAGCUGACCUAAGUGCCCGGCGGGAGCGGGAACGCCGGGAGCAGCAGGAGGGUGGGGGAGCCGGGAUGUUCAGGACUGGUCGUUCCAGAGACACUUCGGGAGGGCUUUGGGAUGAGGUUUGGGAAAUGGCGCUGCUGGGGGUGAGUUCCUGAGAGGAUCGAAGCGGUUCCUGGACUUGGACGAGGUUUGGAUCUUGGAGGAGGUUUGGAUCUUGGACGAGGUUUGGAUCUUGGACGAGGUUUGGAUCUUGGACGGUGGUUGGAUCUGGGACAAUGGUUGGAUCUUGGAUGGUGG